AUGUGGAACGACGAGGAUAACAACCCCUACGGCACCAGCUUUGCCCGCCGCGAUUCGCAAUCCUCGUCCUCGGCGAACCCGACGUCUCCAUCCUCUCGCGACUACCGACCCUUUGACGCUCCCCAUACUCCGACGUCGGGCAGCGAGGACGACCAGCCAGCGUUCCGCAACAGCGUUGUUCACGACGACAGCGACCACGAGGACGUCACGACGGACAAUGAACCGCCAAGGCGCAAACCGGGUGGCUACAACAGCCGCAUCGAGCAGAUUCUCUACGAGAACCCGGACAUGCCAAUCAUCAUCACCGAUGCCGGCAAGAGCUUGGAGAGCGGUGGGAGAUACAUCGUCUACACUAUCAGAACUGGGGAUCUGGAAGUACGACGUCGUUACUCCGAGUUUGCGUCACUGAGGGAAGCUCUCACGCGCCUACACCCCACACUCAUCAUCCCCCCCAUCCCGGAGAAGCACACCAUGGCAGACUAUGCUGCCAAGCCGACGAGCGCCAAGCAGGACCAACAAAUCAUAGACUUGCGCAAACGCAUGCUGGCCGUCUUCCUAAAUCGGUGUCGUCGCAUGGAUACCGUCAGGGACGAUGGCGUAUGGUGGAGGUUUCUCGACCCCAAUGCAAGCUGGAGCGAGGUGCUGCAUUCGCACCCUGUUGCGUCCAUUCCUAAAUCGGUGCUCAAAGCACCCCCGCUGGACACGGCGAAUCCCACCCUUGCGCACAGCUAUCUGCCUGUUCCUGCGAGCUCGGCCAAGCUCAGGACGGUGGCCGGGAGCAACCAAGAUAUCAGCUCCUCGGCCAUCCAAGCGGGCACACACGCCGUUGAACGGUUCCCUCCGGAAAACAGCAGCCAGGACGAGCAGGAUCUUGAUCCUCACUUUGUAGUCUACGAGGCGUCGACCAAGGAACUGGAACAGCUGCUGAUGGGACCUAUGGAAAAGGUCAACCGGCGGACUCUCAGCCACUUGUCCUCCCUCGCUGCAGACUUGUGUGAACUGGGCUCGCGCUAUAAUGCGUUUGCUUUGUCGGAACAGGCGCCGUCACUCGGCCCUGCCAUUGAGCGGGUUGGCCAGGCCGCUGACUUGUCAUAUAUUGCGACCGAGGAGUUGUCAGGGUCGCUGGGUGCGAGCUUUGCCGAGCCGAUGCGCGAGAAUGCCCAGUUCGCCGGCGUUGUGAGAAGCGUGCUGCGAUACCGCGUUCUCAAGCGUAUACAACAGGACUUGACGACGGAAGAGCUCCACAAGAAGAGAGCGCUGCUGGAUCAACUGGAACGCAGCGAAGCGGAAGCGAGACGCAUUGAGCAAUAUCUCUCAAGCAGCCAGCAGCUUUCGCCCCCACCGAAGCGAUCGACGAGCCUUAAGGAGCCCACGUCGCAGCACCGGCGGGAGGCCGGGCAAGAGGACACGGAAUCGAUCGAUUCCGACUUCCCUACGACCCAUGGGGACUUUCCGUCGCCGCCGCCCUCGAUAUUCGGACCCAUCCGUCAUGCGGUACAAGGGGUCGUUGACGUCGACCCCGAGCGGACACGUCGGGACACGAUUGGCAAGACGAAGGAAUCCAUCGGGCAACUGGAACAAGCCAGGGUAGCGUCGGAAAGGGACGUGAGGGAGGCCAGCGCCAGUGUUCUCAAGGACAUGAGGAGAUUCCAGAAGGACAAGGAGGAUGAUUUGCGGCGCUACAUGCUCGCGUACGCGAAGAGCCAGAUUGAAUGGGCAAAGAAGAGCAAGCAGCAAUGGGAAGAGGCACGGGCAGAAGUGGACAAGAUAGAGGAGAACUAG